AUGAACCCAGGGCCAGCAGGGGCGAGGCAGGAACAGUUCUGCGCGCCUCCGGGAGCCCGCAGACUCGAGCCGGAGAAAACCCCGGCCCGGGGCCUGCCCGCCGGAGACGCCCACGGCCCCCACUCACCCGCGCCGAGAGGUCUGGAGGAAGCCGCGCGGCGCGGAAGGAGGCGGUGCCGCCGCGCUCGGGGGCGGAAGGGAGGGGGAGAGGGAGGAGACGGCCGCGGCCGCGGCGAGAGGGGGUUGAGCACGCUCGCCGGGGUCGCCACGGGCGCCGCUCCCGCCCCCUCAGCCUCUCUCGGCUGGGCCGCCCAGUGCCGCGCAGCUCGCGCGCCCCGCCGCACUGACAGCGGCGCGAGCCUCACAGCUGCGAGUCCUUCCCUCGGCGGGCACCACUCAGGCGCGCGGGGGUGGGGGUACGCAGAGCGGCUUUCCCCAGCUCCGCCCGCGCGGCGGCUUCAGCGCCGGCCCGGGGCUCCCCCUUCCUCUCGCCUGGGCCUCCCGGGAAGGGCACGGGGACGCGAGCACGAGGAGUCCGCCGCCCCGCCUGGCCACAGCCCGGCCCCCCAGGCGCAUGGGCUCUCCCCACCCCCUCAGCCUGGCUUUGGAAAGGUCCAGAGACUCGGCGGGGAGAAGAGGAAGGCGGUGCCGGGGCGGGGCCUGGCAGGGAGGAGGGACGGAGGAACCUGGAUUCCUGAGGACGCCGCAGAGUUUGCAUCGCGUCCUCGUUUGGCCGGACCAGCAGUUGUAACUGCCCUUCCGUGGUUUGAUGCCCUCCAUGCCCCCGUUUCAAAGGGAGAGAAAUCGGACAGAGGUGACACCGACAGCGAGACCUGUCACCUCCUGGGGGAAGGACUUCCUGAACAUCCGUGUAAAGCUGUUGUCUAGGCUGGCUUCUUGUUCCGUCAUUUAUUUCUCUAUGUGUUUUUGUCUGGCUCUGCUACUAAAACGUAACAUCCGUGGGACCAGGAAUUUUUGCCAGUACAUCACUAUGUUCCCAGAUCUAGUGCACGCACCUAGAGCUCAAUAAAUGCUUGAGUGAAGGAAUCAGCCGACCAAUGAAUUAAUCUAGCCCCUGCCAGCCUCCAGUGUUCCCUUUCUGGCCAUUCUUUGGCUCCUCCCCUCCAUCACCCUGGCCACUCCCACACACCCGGCUUGGCCUCUGUGUUGGUUUGCAUACCACAAUGUCUCAGAACCGGUGGCUGUAGCAUUUUCUUUAUUUGAAUUGCUCCGCCCCUUUGUCUCCAGUUCUACCAUGAGCUCAGGGACCACCACCUCUGAGAAGUCUUCCGCCUCACCACCAGGCAAGUUGAGGCGCUCACCUUGCUCCGUUCAUGACAUUCGUUGGGAAACUUGCUUGUGCAGAAGAUGUCCUGUUCCCUGCUGGCACUAAGGAUUAGGUUUACGUCCUACAAAGCCCUGUGUGCCCUGCCAUCUCGACCCUCUGAGCUCCUCCUCCACUGUCCUCACCCCCCUCACUCUGCUGCAGACACACCGGCCCCUUUGCUGCAACCUCCGGGCCCUUGCUCGUGCUGUUGUGGCUGCCUCAGAAGCUCUGGCUCUCCUUCCGUGGACUGGUAUGGCUCACUUCUGACCUUCAGGUUCCCACCCAAAUGUCAUUUUCUCAGAGAGGCCCUUUUAUGCAUGAAUUUCAAAAGGUACUGUAAAUUAGCCAAGUGAGUCAGGUGUAAGGUAACAGAGAGUAGGAAUUCAUGCCAGACUAGGCGUUCCCACCCCUCCAGGGGAUGCAGCUGAUUUAUGUGGGAGCAGGCCCCCAGUGUUGCCUAUUGCCAGAUCUAACAUGGGGAAGAAAAAAAGCUCUCACUCCUAUUCUGGGUUUUAACUGCUGGCAACUCACUCGGAUUUUUAAAGGAAAAUGCAGACCUAAAGACACACCUCUGAGGACUGUGGGUGGCCUGCAGGCUGCCAUCCUUGCCUUCCAAUGCGUUUGGGUCCAGACCCCAUUGCACUGCUUGCCAGCUGUGUGCUCUUGGGCAAAUUACCUUCUCCCUGGGCAAGCACCAGGUUCUUAAAAUGGGGAUAAUGAAUUCCCUACAUCCUGGGCUUGCUGCAAGCCUUCUUAAAAAGAAGAUAAAUGUAUGGGAAGCACUUAGCACAGAGCCUAAGAGCAAACAUUCAAAACGGUUUGAUUGUCAGUGUGGAAGUCAUGAUUCUUCCUGCUGGAACAGACACCUCCCCCAGAGGGUUUU